AUGCCCCGGAUGAAAGUCAAAACCAAGGCUGAGGACCUUGCUAGAGUGCGUAACAAUCAACGGAAAUGCCGUGCGCGCCAGAAGGAGUACAUUCACUAUUUAGAACAGAAAGUGCAACAUUACGAGACUGCGCAGAACGCUCAGCUCAGUGACCUGCAGAAAAAGAUAGAUCUGCUCUCGGUCGAAAAUCAGCUCCUAAAGUACUUUGUGGAAUCCAUAACAUCUAUGGCGGAUUUUGCGUUUGGGACGCCUCUCCCCCUAUCGUACGAGGCUUGCGGAGCGAUCACUGGGUCAGAAAGGGGAUUUGAUCUUCUUCUAUCUCCAGACUACGGCAACACGUCUAAUUUAAUGCCUAGCGCAAUGGGUGGACUGCAGGGCUCCAGCUCUAUCGCUAGCAAUAAUGAAUCUCUGCGAGGAGGAAGCAUGACGACGUCAAAUACCUGUCUGCCUGAAAGUCUCUUGUUUGAUGACCGGGCCCUACAAUGCUUCGAGCUCGAAGGGGGUUGA